AUGGUUUUAUCCAAGGGUAUAAGAUACUUUAUACUUUAUUGCACCAUCUCAACUGGGCUUUUAAGUUGGUCAUUACAGGAUUCUUUAAGUAAAUCAUAUAAUCAUGUAAUGUUUCUAGUUGAGAUUACGGAUGGUUUAAAAUUAGGUAUAUUAAUUAACUUUAUAUUCAUGGCAUUUGCACUUAGUACGAAGCUUUUACAAAAUGUCUUGUUUGGUGAGCUAAGGGUUAUAGAAAUUGAACAUUUGGUGGAAAAGAUACCUAUGUUUAGUUUGAAUCUUUUAUUUAACUUGGCCCACAACGAUAAUAACUUUUUAUUAAAUUGUUUUCUACUCGGUCUCUCCAUCAGCUUUAAAGUUAUACAAGUUGUUUUGGUGGAUAGGCUUGAUUUCAAUCUUGUGAAGGUGUCUAAUAGUUCUGAAGAAGAUCAUUAUUCGAAACGAAUGGUGUUAAGAAGCAUAGUCUUCAAUUUGAAUUUUUGGCUCAGUUUCAUUUUCUUAAUUCUCAAUUUCAUUGUGGCCAAGUUCCUUGUCUUUGACGUUUUUCAGGGAAUCAAUUCGGUAACGUGCUUACUAUUUGGCUUUCAAUUUGCAAUCCAAGGUGUUGAAUCUUUGACUUACAACUCAAAGUUAAUAUUCAAUGUUUAUGAAUUGUUGUACUAUAGAGCUGACCAAGAUUACAAUGAUGAAACUGAUGAUGAGAAUGAGGAGGAUGAAAGGACGUGGGAGAGCAAGCCUUACUUCAGCAAGGGAAUUGAUAUAUUGUCAUCUUCCUUAAAAGCAAUAGCCCACUUGGGGUUCAUGUAUUUGUUGACGUUCCAUUCCGGACUAUCUUUACCUAUAUCGAUGCUACAGGGCACUUAUACAUCCUUGAGACAAGUGUAUCAUGAAUUUUCUCAAUUGCUUGCCUUCAUUGAAGCAUCAAAGAGACUUGAAAGCCAAUUACCUAAUGCGUCUAAAGAUGAUAUAGAUAAUUCAGACAGUCUUUGUAUAAUAUGCCGUGAAGAUAUGUGUUCGGCAGAAGAAUAUGAGGAAAGUCAUGGCAAAAAAAUUUCAUCAAGAAGAUGUCCAAAAAGAUUAAAAUGUAAUCAUAUUUUACACAUGGGUUGUUUGAAAGAUUGGCUUGAAAGGUCAGAAAUCUGUCCCAUGUGCAGACGAAAAGUCUUUGAAAGUGAAUCUAACCAACAAACUGAGAGACACACAGCAGUUAACGAACUUCAGGAUGAAGCCAUUGAAAUAGCAAAUGAUCCAGAUCGUAGGGCUGAAGGAGAGCAGAAUGUAGAUUCUGAAAUGUCGAACUUAAAUGUCACUGAGAAUGGCCAAACGGCACCUACUCAGACAGAUGGCUCAACCAUAGCAGAUGAAUUUCAGACCAUUAGGCUUCCAUCUUCUGCACUCAUACCGCCAGGUUGGACUUUAUUACCUCUUCAUAAAGAGGGCAAUGGCGAAUACAAAAUUGACUUUUCAAACUAUCAUCAAGGGACUUUAACUGUAAGAGAGAAUAUAUCGAAUCGUGAUUUAACAUUAGUAAAGCCUAGUGCUUUGGACCCUUAUGAUGAUAUAAUGACUAAUGAAAACGACGAAAAUGAAAGUGCAAAAAGAAAUACCACCCCAAAUAUUGCACAUAUAAAUUAA